GGGUGAAGGUCACGUGACGGCGCGGGGCAGCGCGCGCUUCCGGGGCGCCAUGAGGGUGGUGGUCGCGCGCGGGCUGCGGCUGGGCUGCUGGGCAGCCGCCGGACGCAGCUUCCACGCGACACCGCUGGCCCGCGGCCCCCUCAUCCCCAUCGUGGUGGAGCAGACGGGCCGCGGUGAGAGGGCCUACGACAUCUACUCGCGGCUUCUGCGGGAGAGGAUUGUCUGCGUCAUGGGGCCCAUCGACGACAGCCUGGCCAGCUUGGUCAUCGCCCAGCUGCUCUUCCUGCAGUCCGAGAGCAACAAGAAACCCAUCCACAUGUACAUCAACAGCCCCGGCGGCGCCGUGACCUCGGGGCUGGCCAUCUACGACACGAUGCAGUACGUGCUGAACCCCGUGUGCACCUGGUGCGUGGGGCAGGCCGCCAGCAUGGGCUCCCUGCUCCUGGCCGCCGGCGCGCCCGGCAUGCGCCACUCGCUGCCCAACUCCCGCAUCAUGAUCCACCAGCCCUCCGGCGGCGCCCGCGGCCAGGCCACGGACAUCGCCAUCCAGGCGGAGGAGAUCCUGCAGCUGAAGCGGCAGAUCACGGGCAUCUACGCCAAGCACACGCGGCAGCCGCCGGCCGUCGUGGAGGCGGCUAUGGAGCGCGACCGCUACAUGAGCCCGGUGGAGGCGCAGGAGUUCGGGCUGCUGGACAAGGUGCUGGUGCAUCCGCCGCCCGACGGCGAGGACGAGCCCCAGCUGGUGCACAAGGAGCCGCCGCCGGCCCCCACGGCCCCCCCGGAGCCCCGGUCCUGAGAGCCCCCGGCCCCCUCCGCCGCCUCGUUAGCCCUCCCACUUUAAUUAAACAGCCUCAAAUGGCA